AAAAAUGAUUUCUCUCUCCUUCUCGAGCCCCUACCUUCUUCACUUUACCUUAAUAUCUCUAAUCUCUUUCUUGCCCUUUAACUCUGUCAUUUACUGUGUCACUUACCAUUUCUCUUAUCAGUUAAUCUCACUCUUUCAUCAUAGUUAUCUAUUAUCCAAAACUAAAUAUGUUUUAAGUGUCCGAAUAAGUAACUAACCUUAGCAAGGGCAUUAUAUUUAAAAUCUUAUACUUUGCAGGGGCCAGCAGGCUAGAAGAUUUCAAGAAGAAAACUAUCUUUCUUUCUUUUUAAAUCAAAAGAUGAAAUGGUUCUAAAACUUCUCAUAAAGCUACAUUUUCCUUCUUUUGCCUUGUCCCAAACCCUUGUAAAAUUUAGCUCAUUCUUUCUUCCAUUUGUUGCAACCCCACCUCUUCCUUCUUUUAAGAAAAGAAUACUUAGAUUCCUCCAAAAGAUCAUCUUACUUUACCCUAUCCCCAUAUAUUCAAAAGUUAGUAGCUUCUACGCCUAUUGUAACCAGAAAAACAAAAAGGAAAGGAAAAAAAAACACUCUCCAGGCUUUAGCAAAGAGAAAUGGGUUGUGUUGCCUCUAAACUAGAGGAAGAAGAAGAAGUUGUGUCAAUUUGUAGAGAAAGGAAACGACUUAUAAAGUUAGCAAUAGAUAGAAGAUAUGCACUUGCAGAAGCACAUUUUAGGUACUGUCAAGCUCUUUAUGCAGUGUCAGCUGCCAUUAAGCUCUUUGUAGCUCGUCAUUCAUCACCUCCUUCACCUUUUCUCAUCACUUUUCCUCCACCUUGUCCACCUACACCACCAGCCACUGAUCAAAAUGUGAUAGCCAACCCAAUGUUGCUUCAACAAAGACCUUCUGAGUCCACCCAUGAAGCUAUUGCUUGUGAGUCUUGUGGCUCUUCAACAAGCUCAGGUAUUUCAGAUGAAGAGACUGAAUCAGAGGUGGUAAGAGAAGAGCAGCAGCAGCAGCAGCAGCAGCAGCAGCAGAAACAACAACACCAACACCAACAACACCACCAACAUCAACCACCACCACCUUGUGGGUACUGUUAUAUGCAAAUGCCACCACCAAUGCCAUCACCGCAAAGAGAUUUUGGCUGGGACUUCUUUAAUCCAUUUGAUGUUGUUAGACCAGAGAUUAUAAGUGGAUACAACAGGUGUUCUGAUGAUGAUUUAAGAGCGGUGAGGGAACAGGAGGGGAUACCAGAGCUAGAAGAGGAAGGAGAUACCAAAGAGGAAGAGAAAAAAGUUGUCCUUGUUGAAGAAAAAGAUACUAAGAGGGAACAAGAGGAGAGUGAAAGUGGCUUGUUGAAAGUAAAGGAAGAGACUCAUGUAAGCCAUGGAGAACAGAAAGGGCUAACAGUGAUUGAUAGCCCAGAAAAAGGAAGGGAACUUUUAGAAGCCUUGAAAGAUAUUGAGGAUUAUUUCGUUAGGGCUUAUGAUUCUGGCAAAGAUGUUUCAAGAAUGUUGGAGGCUAAUAUGGUUCAUUUACAGUCUGGUCUGGAGGGUAUUAAAGAGAACUCAACCAAACUCAUCCAAGCUAUCACAUGGCAUCGAUCCACUUUGUCGAAGCCUCAAUCAUGUAAGAGUCUUGUGGCUUCAAGUUCUAAAAGUUCUUCAGCAUGGACUGAAUAUAAGAACGAUCUUUUCGAUCAGUAUGCGGGAAUGGAUUCAGGAAGUCAUUCCUUAACACUAGAAAGACUUUAUGCAUGGGAAAAGAAGCUCUAUGAAGAGGUUAAGGCUGGUGAUAGUACAAGGAAAAUAUAUGAGAGAAAAUGCUCUCGACUGAGAAACCAGGAUGUGAAGGGAUAUGAUGAGCUUACAAUGGAUAAAACCAGAGCUGCAGUAAAGGAUUUGUAUGCCAGAAUCUUGAUUGCGAUUCGAAGUGCCGAAACAAUCUCAAAGAGAAUUCAGAAUUUAAGAGAUGAAGAACUAUUGCCUCAAAUUAUUGAACUGUUAAAAGGCCUAACACAAACCUGGAAAGUUAUGCUUGAAUCUCAUGAAACCCAAAACAAAAUCCUUUCUGAAGUGAAAACUUUUGCUUGUCCUUCGUAUGGAAAAUUCUGCAAUGAUUCUCACCGGCUUGCUACGCUUCAACUAGAAGCCGAGCUUCAAAACUGGCGUGCUUGCUUUACGGAGUAUGUCGCAGCUCAAAGAGCAUACAUUCAGGCUCUUCAUGGUUGGCUAACUAAGUUCUUGGUUCCUGAAGUUGAAUUUUAUUCAAGAGGAAGGAGCUCUGGUGCACCAUAUGGAGCUAAUGGGCCUCCACUUCUUGUUAUAUGUUAUAACUGGUUAACUUCCAUGGAUGAGUUACCAGAUAAGGCUGUCACCUUUUCACUGAAAAGCUUUUCUAAAGAUGUAAAGGCACUGUGGGCUCAGCAAGGGGAAGAACAGCAACAAAAGAGGAAAGUUGAUGGUAUGGCUAAAGAACUUGAUAGAAGGACUAUGGCCUUCCAGAAGGCAGAAACCAGGUUCUUGGAGUCCAAGCUAACGGAAUAUAAAUCCGAGAUGGAGACAGAACAGCAGAAUGAAUAUCUAACGGAGAAGAAAGAUCAGUUGGAGAUGAUAAGGAAGAGGUUAGAUGUGGAAAGAGAAAAACACCACAAUCACAUGCAAGAAACACAAAGAAUCACAUUAAAUGGAUUUCAGACUGGAUUUUCAACUGUUUUCGAGUCCUUAAUUGAAUUCUCCAAGGCUUCUAUGAAAAUUUACAAUGACAUUGUGACACUAAGUGAAAAAAUGGGGAAAGUGUCGUAUAUAGAAGGCAGCUCCCAGGUUGAGGAAAAUAGUAGCAGAUGACAUAAAAAAGGUUAAAGAGAUUUGAGAAUCUUAGGUUGAUGGUUUUGAUGUAGUUCCACUUGUAUAUUAUUACAUCAUGUUGAUGCAGCUUGCUUAGGCAAAUUUAGUUAUGUUUUCCAUGUUUUCAUUCUGAUGAAUAGCUGAUUGUUUAUUAUCACUACAUGUCUAAUGGCUGUUGAUGAAAA